AUGGCAGAGCACGCGCCGUUUAUAAAUCAGAAUUUGUUUAUUUGUAUUGCCGUCUCGCUCUUGCUGCCGAUUGCGGACGAGGCGAAGGUGUACGAAGAGAGUCGCAUUUUCCCGAAUGAUGAGAAACGUCUGAGUAGGGAGUAUCAUUUGCGACAGGGUGCCCUCCGAGGGAUGAUCGUGAAACCAGGGAAGCAGUAUGAUUUGCAGCCUGUUGAAAUGUUCCUGGGGGUUCCGUAUGCCGCGCCCCCUGUGGGUAGUUUGCGGUUUAUGCCACCUGUGAGUGCUCCGCCCUGGUCCGGUGUAAAAAUGGCAACGCGUUUUGCGCCUGUCUGUCCACAAUCUCUACCACUCAUCAAGAAGGGAAAUCCUCCUUCUUUGGGACGGCAACACUAUUUGAAUAGACUGAAGCCCUUUUUAAAAAAUGAGUCAGAAGACUGCCUGUAUCUAAACAUUUAUGUACCAUAUAGAGAGCAAAAAUCAAAGAAGUUUCCUGUUCUCGUCUUCAUCCACGGAGACUCCUUCGAGUGGAGUUCGGGAAAUCCUUAUGAUGGGCGUAUCUUAGCCUCAUAUGGAAAUGUAAUGGUUAUUACCAUUAAUUUUCGUCUUGGUAUACUGGGUAAGUGUAUUUUUUAA